AUGGUGGCUCGUCUCUCCGUCCUUUUACUCCUCGCCGCUUUCGCCCCGGCCACCCUCGCCAACAGUACAACCAGCACGCCCUUCUGCACCGACUCGGACGCGUCCAUUUCCCAGGGGUGCUGCCAGACCGUCGGCGGAACCUACGACAACACCACGAAAUACUGCUACAACGCGCAGACAACCUUUGGCCCGUGUAUCGUCUCGCACUUUGGCAACUCGCGCACCACGGCCGUCGCGCACACUGCCCACUGCGAAGCGGACGGCAAGGUCACUUGGAGCUUUGCGUCCAGCGCCGGCGCCCUCUCCGUGUCGAUUCCCGCCGUCGCCCUCGCUGCUAUCGCCGUUGCGACUUUUGCCUGA